AUGAUCAAUUCCGCUGCCUGGCUUUCGAUUGGAUAUGCGCUUGGUGCAUGUUUUGGAGCGACCCUAGGUCGAAUGGAAUGGGAGAAAUGGCGUUCAGGACAUCCAGGGCCCUUUUUUCAAGGACGCACAGUCCUCUUUGAAGGUGAUAGCAGCUUUCAGAUGACGGCUCAGGCAGUCAGUGACAUAAUUCGCAAUCGACUCGAUGUGAUUAUCUUCCUGAUCAACAACGACGGAUACACCAUAGAGCGAGUCGUCAACGGUAUGGACGCCGAUUACAACGACGUGCAGCCUUGGAAGUAUAUAUCGGCAUGUUUUCUUGGUGUGCCAAAGGAUGACCCAUCCUAUCUGGUCUUUGCGAAACGCACGAACAAUUGGAGGGAGCUGUUUGAGAUCAUCGACUAUCCGCAACUCAAAGCAGGCAAGGGGUUCAGUAUGGUUGAGGUGAUGAUGCGCAAGGAUGAUGCGGUUGCUUCGUUGAAGGAAUUAUUAGAGUCGGGAAAAUAA